AUGCCGCUGGAGCUGCCCAAAGGCUUCACGGCCAUCAAAGACGCCACCUACCCUACUGACAGUGUCAACCUGAUCGGCGUUCUCGUCAACUACGAUCCGCCAAAGUCAACAAGAGGCACUUCCUGGGCCCUCGACUUCACCAUCCAAGAUGACUUUGCGUCCGGUGAUGUUGGUGAUCAGUCAAGCAUCCGUUGCCGCUUGUUCAGACGCGCUGAGAACAAAUUCCCUCCCAUCUCUGGGGUCGGCGAUGUUGUCAUGCUCCGCGGGUUUAAGAUUCAGGAAUUCAAUCUUCGUAUGGAGGCCGUCGGUCGGGACAUGUACGACACCAACAUGCUCGUUUUUCCUAGCAGCAGGAUUCCGGUCCCAGGCCUGAGCCACCCUUUCCAGGCCGGCAGUCAGAAGCUGCCUCACGCCUUGACUGGAGGCUCGCCGCCUACGAUCCCGGAGCAGAUGGCUGUCAUCCAUAUGAAGAAUGCAUCCACUGGCGCAGCGCAACAAGUGCAGCAGCAUGCUGCGGUUAAUACGUCCAAGGCCCGGACAAGAAGAUCAGUCAGUUUGAUCAAGGACUUACAAUUUAAUAAUUACUAUGAUGUCCGUGCCCAGGUUGUCAAUAUUUACUACUAUCAGAUGGGAGGCCAAGUUGACCUGAAAGUAACCGACUACACUCCGAAUGAGCAAAUGUACAACUAUGCAGAUCCAGAACAGGAGCAGAGCCACUUCGUAUCAGAUAGGGACUGGAAAGGGCCAUAUGGUUUUCUGACUUUGAAUGUCACCCUCUACGGAGCGAACGCGACCUGGGCAUCGGAAAAUCUUGUAAAUGGCGGCUAUGUCUUUAUGAGCAAUAUGCGAGUCAAGACGUCCAGUAGGGGUUUCCUCGAGGGCGCGAUACAUGAAGACCGCCGGAACCCAUCAAAGGUCGACAUACGUCACAUGACGAACAUGACCGACAUAGAGGAGAUUGACAGACGCCGAGAAGAGUACGAGCAAAAACGUGGGAACAAGACGGCGUUCCAGGCUAUGCAGAACGAACCCAAGAAUACCCUGGGCAAAUCUUCGAAAGAAAAGAGACAGGCGAAAAGAGAAAGGCAACGAGUACUGAAACAGGCCGAGCAAGACGAACUGGUGAAGAAACAACAAGAGUUGGAGAGGACUCGUGGCGGGGUCAAUCCCAAUGUCAUCGCUGCUUAUCCUGACAUAAAACCCUCCACCAUCUCCGAGAUCAUACACAACCAUCACCUUGAGGUUCAGACCCCAGAGAAGCACCAUAGUUAUAAGCUCCCUUUCAUCAACUGCAAACAUCGAUCUCGCGUCCGUGUAGUAGAUGUUUAUCCUCCCGAGCUCAAGCUGUUCGCACACCCCAAGAGCGAUAGAAAGUGGAGAGGGCAAUCUAAAAAACAAAGAGCCGCUGACGGUCCAACGAAAGAAAUCUGGGAAUGGGGGUUUGUUCUCUUGCUCGAAGAUGCAAGCAUACCCCGCGAUACAGUGUCCGAGAAGUUGCGCGUGGUCGUAAAUAACGACGCGGCGAUGUUCCUCUUGGGGAUGAGUGCUAAAGAUAUCAUAAACAAGCCCGCCGCUCUUAACCAACUCGAGGAGAAGCUCUUCAUCUUAUGGGGUAACCUCAUGGAGCUCAAAUCAGAGCUGAGAGAUCGAGCAACUGACCUUCCCCUACCGCCGGGAGACAAUCGCCUAACGAACAAGCCUUUCGAUGCUUGCAUCGAGGAGUAUGGCGCUGAGACCCUUCCAGUCAUUUCUGAGAAACUCACCCGAGCUAUGGCUGUCGGAGGCACAACCACGAUGAUACAAGCUCAUGGUCAUCGCAUCACCGUCAAAACUCCCCUGUCACCGCCCGAGGCCUCCACCACCAACGACUAUGGACUACCACCUACAGCACCACAACCGGACGUGUCGUUACACAUUCACAGCGUUCAACUCCUCAAUCCGGAAAGCAUAACGUCCGAAUUCGACAAACUGCGUUUCGAAGCCGCCGCACAUGACCAACUCGUCUUCCACAACCCACAGCUCUACCAAACUGCAGAUGAUACUUCCAAACGUUCGACCCCAAAUCAAGACCCCGAAACAAUCUCCACACUCCUGAUUUCCUCCCCAUACAAUAUCCCCAACCACUAUCUCGAUCUCUCCUCCCCUCACCUAACCAUACCCUCCCGUCUUCUCGCACUAGCCCUGACAGCGCUCAAACCGGCUACCUCAACCUACGCAACUGCGCCGUACCCCCUCGCCCUCAAUUUCUCUUUCGUACUAGCCCUGCUGCAUACCCUCAUUGUGCAGGAAAGGUACGAAUGGGAAGAAACGUCAUUCUACGUCGUCGUGUUCCGUUCGCAGCUUAAAGAGGGCAUUGAUCAAGACUGGCUGUACCGACUUGAUGAGGAGAGUCAUCGCGAGGCGUGUGAGAGUGGGGGGUUAUUGAAGUAUUGGUUUGGGAAGGGGGAUGAGGAGAGGAGGAAUCUGGCUACUUGCUUCUGGCAUAGUAGGGAAGAUGCGUACAAAGGCGGUCUCGGUCCCUGGCAUAAGAAGGCAAGAGCCGCAGGACGGGAGUUGUAUGAGAGUAUCGUGUUUAGUACCUACCGGCUUGUCAUCAAGGAUGGGGCAGAGGAAUAUGAGUUUGAAGACUAUAAAGGCUGA